AUGAGGAGCCUGGCUGUGCUGUUGGUGGUGGUGGCGGUGGUCGGUGCCGACAGCUUCGUCGACUUCAUCCUCGAUGAAUGGAAAGCCUUCAAGCUCAUACACCAGAAAUCGUACGAAAACGAGAUCGAAGAACUGUUCCGUAUGAAGAUCUACGCUGAGAACAAGCUUAAGAUUAAGAAGCACAACCAGCUCUUCGAGAGCGGCCAGGUGACGUACCGACUCGGCGUCAACAAGUACGCGGACAUGCUGCAGCACGAGUUCAUGACCAUGAACGGGUUCAACCGCACCGCCAAUUCUGGGAAAGGCACUUAUUUGUUGUCUGUCGGCAGUGUCAAUAAGACACCAAGCUUGCGCGGGGCCACGUACUUGCCGCCUGCCAACGUGGCGAUACCGGAGCUGGUGGACUGGCGCUCGCUUGGUGCCGUCACCGAAGUCAAGGACCAAGGAAGCUGCGGCUCCUGCUGGGCUUUCAGUACCACGGGCUCACUCGAGGGGCAGCAAUUCCGCAAGAGCAACAUCCUUGUCUCGCUGUCGGAGCAAAACCUGAUCGAUUGCUCAUUCGCGUACGGAAACCUCGGCUGCAAUGGUGGCCUCAUGCCCUAUGCCUACACAUACAUCCACGAAAACGGAGGCAUCGACACAGAGGAGAGCUACCCCUACGAGGAAUGCGUCAAAACCUGCAGGUUCGACCCAGUUAAUGUGGGCGCGGAAGUCGUGGGAUUCAUGGACCUGCCGGAGGGUGACGAGGAAAUACUGAAGCAGGCUGUGGCCAACGUGGGGCCCGUCUCUGUCGCCAUUGACGCCAGCCGGGUGUCCUUCCAGCUCUACUCUUCUGGAGUCUACCACGACGAGCAGUGCUCCUCCAGCAACCUGAGUCACGGGGUGCUGGUGGUGGGCUACGGUACAGACGAAGAGGGCGGUGACUACUGGCUCGUAAAGAACUCGUGGGGAAGCUCGUGGGGGGAGAACGGCUACAUCAAGAUGGCGCGCAACCGCGGCAACAACUGCGGCAUCGCUUCGUUCGGCUCCUACCCGCUCGUCUAA